AUGGAACAUGAUGCAAUACGGUAUCGCCUUUAUCCAAACAAUUCUUUUGUUACAAAAACUGACACUAAUCAUAACCAGUACAGCCUAGGAAACUCGAAAAUUCUAUCAAGAUCUUCAUACGCACUACUAUCUCCAUUGAAUGAUAAGGAGAGGAUAUAUAUGUGCUCUAGUUUUAGUUCAAUGCCACGAAGUAAUUCCGAAUUAAUGCUUGACUCAAUGUCCACGCGUAAAGUCACGUUCUCUCGUAUUCAUUUACCCGAAUCUAUCUCUAUUCAACUAAGCGAGAAAAUGUGCAGGAAAAUGUAUGACGAUGAGAGUAAUUCUGUCAAAAAUAUUGAUGAAAACACAAUUGCUUCAUGCACGAUAUGUGCAAAUAGUCCAUUGAAUAAAACACUCACAGGCUUUCAACACUUUCAGCUUCAGUUACUUCAUCACCCCAAGAAAAUGAUUCAGAAGAAAACAGACGAUAUUAUAGGAUUCAAUCAUAUGGUGUUUCAUCAGCGUUUGAAAGCUACUAUUGGUCUGUUGAUAUUUUGUAAGGUAAGUAUGAAUACUUAUGUACCAAACUCACUGGGUGAUUUAAUUGAAACCUUGAGCAAAGAAUAUGAUACUCGGUCAAAAAGUAAACCGUGCAAACAAAUGGACCAAAAUCAACAAUGCAACGUAAACCGUUCAAGAAGCUAUGUACAGCUAGACAGACAACACAGUAUUCGAGAGAAUUCCAUCAUGAAACAACCGGUAAUGCGUUCAAAUUCUUUUACCUACAAACAACACCAUAGAAGUGUUGUUUAA